GGGGCUCACGCUCAAUGGUAGGAAAGAAUGAGGCCGCAAGGCGCGGUCCGUGAUAAUGCCUCAUGCAGCCGGAUAUAUGGACGACGUCGUAGCUUGCAUCCGUGAUAUUUCUCCAGGUGACAGAAUUCCAUCAAUGUCUUCACAGCCAUGGAAGCCGGCCUCACAGAAAGCCAUAUCGAAGACUCAGCGGAGAAUAUCCCUCCAACCUCUUCCACCCUUCCCCCCCUCCCAAACGAACUCCUCACCCUAAUCCUCACCUUCCUCCCCACCACCCCCAACUCCCACCUCAUCGCCUCCACAACCUCCCUCCCCCUCCUCCCCAACACCCCCCACCCCACCCCCCUCAAAUCCGCCUCCCUCGUCUCCCGCACCUUCCGCCACGCCGCCCUCCCCCUCCUCUUCGGCCACCCCCGGCUCUUCAUCCAAUACCAAGACGACAUCCUCGCCUCGCUGCUCCCGCUCCUGGCAUUUCUCACAGCGCAUAACCUCGCGCCUAUCGUGUCGUCGUUUGUGCUUUUCGAAGAUUGGGUGUCCGACCAUGAACGGCUUCCGAGGCCGCGGGCGGAGGACUUCUGGGAUGCGCUGUUCGCAGUUAUAGCUCCGGAGACGGUGCUGAUCACCACGCUGCCACUGGUCCUGCCGUAUUUCCUCGGCGAGCAGGUGCACGGCGUUGAUGUCAACUUGACGACGGAGCAGUAUGGGAGUGUGCUGCUUGAACGGGGUUGGGUGGGGGAGGUGGAGAGGACCGAGAGGGGGAGGAGACCGAAGUUGUUGCUGGGGAAGAUUAGGGCGAAGCGCUUGCCGGCGUUGAUGGGGGUGUUGGAGGAUAAUGCGGUGGCGGUUAGGAGGCUGUGGUAUACGACGUUUGAGGGGGAGACGAAGAUGUUUUGAGGCGACAGUAGGUGGUUCAUAGCACGUAAAGGCCGGUGCUUGGGCCUGGUGAAGGCAAGGAGGGACACACGGGUCUUUCAGACGGACAUAUAGUGGUUAUAGCUUUUUAUAAUUUAUUUUCCCU